AGUAAGUCCAUUCGUGAAAUUUCCUUGCUACUAAAUAUUCCAUGGUCAACUGUUAGUGGUGUUAUAACAAAGCGGAAGCAAUUGGGAACAACAGCAACUCAUCCACCAAGUGGUAACCUGGGUAAAAUGACAGAGCGGGGUCAGCGCAUGCUGAAGUACACAGUGCGCAGAAGUCGCCAACUGUCUGCAGAUUCAGUAGGUAAAGACCUCCAAACUUUGUGUGGCCUUCAGAUUAGCUUCAUGGAUUGGGUUUCCAUGGCCGAGCAGCUGCAUCCAAACCUUACAUCACCAAGUACAAUGCAAAGCGUGGGAUGCAGUGGUGUAAAGCACAGCACCACUGGAAUCUAG